GUGCGGCGGCAGAUCCGCUCCGCGCGGCAGGUGAUUGCCCUUGUUAUGGAUUCCUUCACAGAUAUUGAUAUCUUCAGUGACCUUCAGAAUGCCUACAGCAAGCGCCAGGUCCCUGUCUAUAUCCUUCUUGACCAGGACUUUCUACCUUAUUUCUUGGAAAUGUGCAAAAACUUGGGUGUCUGUCCUGAGAAGGAGAGUUUGAUGAGGGUUCGAACUCUCACUGGGAACAUCUACUACACGAGAUCAGGUGCCAAAAUUAUUGGGAAAGUCCAUGAAAAAUUCAUGUUGAUUGAUGGCGUGAGAGUGACAACAGGCUCCUACAGUUUCACAUGGACUGACGGGAAGCUGAACAGCAGUAACUUGCUGCUACUGUCUGGUCAAGUUGUUGAACACUUUGACCUGCAGUUUCGAAUUCUUUAUGCCCAGUCAAACCCUGUGAGUCCUGAGUGCCGAUCAAGCUGUAGGAACAGUGGAAUAUUUGAUCACGUGGAGAAAAGAAUAGAGUCCUCUAAAGAAUACACUGUGGAGAGCAAUUUGAGGGCAGAAUUUGCCAGGCUGUCUAGUACUCCAAAAAAACUGUUAAAAGAACUAGAUGUGGCUGCAGACACUCCAAGACGCAAACCUUGUGACCUGGGACAUUCUCACUUCAGUGAAGAGGAGUGGCUCAGCGAUCCAGAGGCCAUAGUGGGACAGAAGAAUGCAUCAACUCAAACUGGCUUAUGGGAAGAGCAGCCUGCAGUGGCCGUGUGUAAUGUUGGCAUGCAGACCAAUGUUUUAACAGAAGAAGCUGACACUCAAACUUCAACUGCUACAAGAAUGACUGGGACUCAGACUUCAGUUUUGCUGAAGGCUGCAGUGACGCAGACAAGGGAAGAUGCGUAUGUGGAAACCCCUCUGCUUUGCAGGAAGUUUUCCAAAGAAGAACCCUUUCAACCUGGAAAGUCUUCAUCAAAUUCUAGCCUGCGGUCGCUAUCUUCAUCAUCAUCCCACCUGUCUCGCACGAGCUCUACCAGCUCGCUGUCUUCUCUUCGGUCCUUUGAAUACCCUAGUGUUCACAGGGCAGAGUAUUUCCAAAAACUGCAUACAGAGAGGCAAUUCCACUACUCCACCAUCAGAUCAAAGCUUAGCCACAUGGUGGGUAUCUUGUCCAGGAGAAGACAUGUUCCUGAAAGCUACGUGAACCACUGCAGGGGAAGGUACAACCUGAAGUAGAGGUUUUAUUUCCACUACAUGUUCAGAAUGAGGGAAAAUAACUUCAUUCUCACUCCAGUAGAAGAGUAAAAUGUGUUCAUCUCUGAAGCUGUGAAAGGUCUGUUGGAACAGCUGUGGGUUCUGAUCUAACUAGGUCUUCAAUUUGAUUGUCCUCGUAUGCCUUUACAUGGCUAUAUGUAAGGUGUGCACGUAACAACGAUAACAUAACUGUGUUACCAACAGUUUUUUCUCUUAAAUCUAAAGGUAGCUUCAUGUCAGAUGCUAAGAAGAAAAUGAGCUGUCUCAGCUGGAACUGGGACGUGUGUCUUAGUUCUGGUAGGAGACCUGUAAGUGCCUGCCUGCCUUGGAGUCAGGCUGGAGGUGAGAUGAUCCCCAAGGACACAUGACAAAGUCUCUGCUCAAAUAAAGUACAAAAAUAUUA